AUGUUUAUCUGGUACUUUAUUGCAUUAACCGGAUGUUUCUGUAUACAUUUAUCGCAUGGACAAGAUCCGGCUCCUGCACUGAGUGAUCGCGAAUCACGCUACAGUGGUAUCGCGCAAGUUCCUGGAGUCGUUCCAGAUAGUUCAGUAGCUGAUUUUGUAGACAAUCAGAUUACUAUAGCUGAAAAUGAAGUAGUUACUAUAACAAGUGUUCCAUCAACAACCGAAGUCAUCGCAACAACUUUAGCACCACAGCCAUUUUCUUGUUUCCAGUGUACAGACUGUCACAAUAAACCCGACUUGACAACUGCUGUCUGCGAAGCAGACAUAAAAAUGUGCUACAGUAUGACGAAACUUGUGAACAAUAUUAGUCAAAUAAUACGUCGUGGUUGCUCAACUUCGAAAGAUCAUUGCAUUGUACCAACGGAUGGUGAAGCGAAUGUAUUUGAAAGUGUCACAUGUUGCAAAAGUCAUAAAUGUAAUGAAGCAACUCAAUAUUUACCAACGUUCUUUCUCUGCAUAUUAAGUCUAUUCAUUCUUAUAGUUAAUAACGCUCUUCAUAUCUAA